AUGAACAGUGGCAUACAAACGGUGUUAAUGACGCCAGGACAGCAAAAAUUGCAAGCGCCUCCGGGAGUUGAACAACAACAUAGUCAACAACAACAGCAACAACAACAGGAGGAGGAACAACAACAGCAGCAUAUGUUGGAUCCAUUGACACAAGCGACAGCGGAAACAUGGCUUUCACUUGCUUCUUUAGCGGAAACAUUGGGAGAUGCCGAUAGAGCUGCCAUGGCUUAUGAUGCAACAUUACAGUACAAUCAAGCAUCUACAAAGGCUCUUACAUCAUUAGCACAUCUUUACAGGUCAAGAGAUAUGUUUCAAAGGGCUGCAGAACUGUAUGAAAGGGCCUUAGCGGUGAAUCCAGAAUUGUCUGAUGUUUGGGCGACUUUAGGUCACUGUUAUUUGAUGUUAGAUGAUUUACAAAGAGCUUACAAUGCGUACCAACAGGCUCUAUACCAUUUGAGCAACCCUAAUGUGCCGAAAUUGUGGCAUGGAAUUGGUAUUCUUUAUGAUAGGUAUGGUUCAUUAGAUUAUGCCGAAGAAGCAUUUGCUAAAGUGCUCGAACUAGAUCCACAAUUUGAAAAGGCUAAUGAAAUUUAUUUCAGAUUGGGGAUCAUUUAUAAACAUCAGGGGAAAUGGAAUCAAGCUUUGGAAUGUUUCCGUUAUAUUCUACCGCAACCACCUGCACCUUUACAAGAAUGGGACAUUUGGUUUCAAUUGGGUUCCGUUCUUGAAAAUAUGGGAGAAUGGCAAGGUGCCAGAGAAGCUUAUGAACACGUUCUUUUGCAGAACGAACACCAUGCAAAGGUACUACAACAAUUAGGUUGUCUCUAUGGUAUGAAUAACGUUCAAUUUUAUGAUCCUCAAAAGGCUUUAAGUUUCCUUUCAAAAUCUUUAGAAGUUGAUCCAUCAGAUGCGACGACUUGGUACCACUUAGGUCGUGUUCACAUGAUUAGAAGUGAUUAUACUGCAGCAUACGAUGCCUUCCAGCAAGCUGUAAACAGAGAUUCAAGAAAUCCAAUUUUCUGGUGCUCUAUUGGUGUUUUAUAUUAUCAAAUUUCUCAAUACAGAGAUGCUCUAGAUGCUUAUACAAGAGCCAUCAGAUUGAAUCCAUACAUCAGCGAGGUUUGGUAUGAUUUAGGGACACUUUAUGAAACUUGUAACAAUCAGUUGACCGAUGCGUUAGAUGCUUAUAAACAAGCAGCUAGACUUGAUCCUGAGAAUAUGCAUAUUAGAGAAAGGUUAGAAGCGUUAACCCAACAGCUCGCGAACCCCAAUGCAGCAGCUGCCUUAGCUAAUGGCGCAACGACAGUUGAUGGUACUAGUAUAGCGCCACCACCACCACCACCAAUUAUGUUACAGCCAACCCUACAGUUUAACGAUCAAGUAAAUCCGUUAAACGUGAGACCUCCACCGGCUACAAUGUAUGGUAAUGAAUCGUUAGGUCAACAACAAAUUAUGCAACAACAGCAACAGGCUCAAGUACAAGCUCAAGUACAAGCGCAGGCACAGGCACAAGCGCAAGCACAGGCGCAAGCGCAAGCACAAGCACGCGCACAGACACAAGCGUUCCAGACACAAGCUGCACAAGCACAAGCUGCCCAUGCAGCACAAGCACAUAUGCUCAAUGUUCAUUACCCACCCACUACGUCUAUGUUACCCACUCAACAUACACAACCACAAGUGGAACCAAUGGCUCAUGAGCAUGCAAGUUUCCCACAACAAAUUAUGCAACAACAACCUACAGUUGCGGGCGCAACUGUAUCGCCACCAGUUCCAGGUGCACAAAUGGCACAACCUCUGCCGGUUUACCAGCAGCAAGACCAGCAGCAAGAACAAGACCAAAAGCCAGCACCGAUACCGGCACCAGCAUCGGAGCUGGUACGUGCAUUACCAAACCAACAAACCCCACAACAUUCAUUUCAAAAUUUACAACAUCACCAACAACAAACGGCCGCUAGUCCAGUCCUACCACAAAAGAGACAAAUUGAUGGAAGCAACAUUCACAAUUUUGUUAAUGGGAAUGAAACUAAUAAGAGCUCACCUUCUACUGCUAAUACAAAUGUAACAAUCUCUCAGAAUUCUACAGAGCCACAACCAAAGAAAAUUAAGGCUAAAAGAUCACCAAGGGAGACUGCUGCUACUUUGAAAAAGGAAAAUGCAAACUCGCCAGUCCAGGAGACUUCUGUACCAGCAGAUGCAGAUUCUGUAAAACCUGAUGGCGUUGGUAGCAACUCUGCACAUGCUGAAGCUGCUGAAGUACCGACAUCCCAUAAUACAGAACAAGCGACAACUACAUCGUCUCCAAAUGGCAGCAAAACUGAAAUUGAACCUUCACCACCACAACCAGCAGAACCAGCAGAAUCGCCAGCAGAACCAGCAGCAGCAACGACAGAACCCGCGGCAGCUCCAACGGAGUCAGCAGAACCCGCAGCAGCUCCAACGGAGUCAGCAGAACCAGCAGCUUCCCGUGACCAGGAGGUACCAGCCAUACCAUCAGCACCAGCAUCAGCACCAGCACCAGCAUCCGAACCAGCAUCCGAACCAGCCGCUGCUAUACCAGCAGCGGAUUCCUCAGAGGAGUCAGCUGACCUUCAGGAAUCAAAGAAAAAUACUGAGUCUACAGCUCCUAGUUCAGAAAUUGGGAACGGAUCUUCACAUCGAGAUCAACCGGUAAAGGCAGCUAUUGUUGAUGUUACCGCUAGUGGGAAAAUGGAUUCAGUAUCGGGCCAAGAUUCUGAAACUGUAAUAAAACCAAGUGCAGAAGCUAUUGAAAAACUGCAAGAAGAAGCUAAGUUACGUGAAGAAGAAGCACGUGAAAGAUUAGAACAAGAACAGAUCAAAUCUAAAACCCAAUCUGAAAACAACAGUAAGAAUACCAGAGAAAAUUUGGUUAGACAAGUGGAGGAAGACGAAGAUUACGACGAAUAA